CCCCACAUUCAUCAUGCCAUUUCAUGUCUUGUCUCAAACAGAAAGAGAGAGAAAACAAAGAGAUUCUAUGUCCUAGCGGUCACUUAAGGAGACCUAGCAAUCCAUCUCCAGCUAGCCUAUUUUCAAACCCCACGUUCAUUUUCUUCUCUAUUUCCUCCCAUUUUUUCCCUAGCUUCAUGCAGGAUUUAAUCUUCCUGCCUGCCAAAGUCCGUGGUAAAUAUCUUUAUGCAGAUUUAAUCCAUGCCCAAUGUCACUUCAUCAAUAAUGUUUCAUUAGUUAGAUAGCCACCGAUGCUGUGUGUCUUUGUUGGUUUGAAAAUGUGGCAUUCUUCUCUACCAUAAAAAGCUGCAUUGUCUUUAAGACCCGAGGAGAAAAGCGCUCAAAGGUCAGAACAAAAUAUGGGAGACAUAUCGCCCGAAAAGAAACCUGCAGGUUGUGGCCUAUUCUCUGUAGUUUUCGGCCGAAGAAGUUUUUGGCCAAGAAGAUCAACAUCUACAGGUUCAAUUCCUACAGUGAAUGCAGCCAAUUUCACCAGAACUCCUAGCACGCCAAGGAGGCGAAGGAGUGGCUCGGAUGAUGCUGCAUUUCUAGACAAUUCGCCUAGUGUAGCAGAAGGGCAGCAAAAAUCUAUCACAAAGGCUCCUAUGCAUCCCAAGAUCCCCCCUGCACAGAACCAAAACUACGGUAAAAAACUUCCCGAGGAAGCAACCAAAAUAUCUUCUAAUCAAGGCUAUGCUAAUCAAAAUCAAGGUUAUAGUAAUCAAAAUGCAUUUGUUAAUCAAGGUAGGAGGGUUCCUAAGGAGGCAGUUGGUAUUUCCGGUGAGCUCGAAAGCAUGAUCACUGAUCACCAAAAAUCUAAAGGAAGCAGCACGCUUGUCCGUGCUUCAUCAAGCAAUGUGAUGCUUUUUGGCAAUUUAGGUAACUUGAGGCAAGGAGGAGGUGGAGGAAAUACAACUUCUCAUAGUGUUCUUGAUUACCUUCCUAAGACCGCAAGAGAAGAGGUUGUUUCACCUAAUGGAAAAUACCCUAAUAGUGUAAUGGGAAAUGUAGUGAAGAAACAGAAUGAAGAGAAACCAAACGUAGGUGCGCAGCCUGCUUCAGGUUCUUUAUGCCGGGCUCUGUCUACUAGAAUGGACCCUGAGCAACUUAAAAUGAUGGGUAAUGAAGAUUACAAGAAUGGGAAUUUCGCAGAGGCAUUGGCUUUGUAUAAUGCAGCAAUCUCGAUUGAUCCUAACAAGGCUUCUUAUCGGAGCAACAGAAGCGCAGCAUUAACAGCUCUUGGUAAAAUUCUCGAGGCAGUUUUCGAGUGCAGAGAAGCCAUUCGAAUUGAACCCCAUUACCAUAGAGCUCAUCAUCGUUUAGCAAACUUGUAUCUCAGAUUAGGUGAGGCAGAAAAGGCUAUAUAUCACUACAAACAUGCAGGGCCAGAAGCUGACCAUGUUGACAUUUCAAAAGCUAAAGCUCUUCAAGCCCAUCUCAACAAGUGCACCGAAGCUCGUAAACAUCGAGAUUGGAACACCUUGAUCAAGGAGACAGCGGCUACCAUAUCUGCCGGCGCAGAUUCAGCACCGCAAAUAUUUGCAUUGCAAGCUGAGGCCUUGAUAAAGCUUCAUAGGCACCAAGAAGCAGAGGAAGCAUCGAUGAAGUGUCCAAAUUUUGAUGUGGAUGCCUGCACUAAAUUUUUCGGUCCACUCGGUAAUGCAAAUUUGUUAGUGGUGCGAGCUCAGGUUCACAUGGCUCUUGGCAGAUUUGAUGAUGCUUUGGCUGCGGUGCAACGAGCAACUAGGCUCGAUUCAAACAACAAGGAAGCAAAUAUGGUGUUGAGAAAGGCUAAAGCUGUAGCUGCAGCUAGAUCAAAGGGUAAUCAGCUUUUUAAGGCAGCAAGAUUUUAUGAGGCUUGUAAUACUUAUAGUGAGGGACUUGAGCAUGAUCCCUACAACUCAGUGUUGUUAUGCAAUCGAGCUGCCUGCCGGUCCAAGCUUGGCCAGUAUGAGAAAGCGGUAGAGGAUUGCAAUGCUGCUCUUACCGUCCGACCAGGUUACUCCAAGGCCAGAUUAAGAAGAGCUGAUUGCAAUGCUAAGUUGGAAAAAUGGGAAGUCUCAGUCAAAGACUAUGAGAUGUUGCAAAAUGAAGCCCCGGGGGAUGACGAAGUGAGCAGGGUCUUGAUGGAGGCCAAGUCAGAGCUCAAGAAGCAGAGAGGACCAGAUGCGGCAGCUUAAUAUAAAGCUAGAGAACAAGUAGUGAAAUGGUAGAAAGAAAUUGCUAGAGCAGCUACCUGCAGAGCCAAUGAGGCCAAGAACAAAAAACGAGAUUACUUAUGCCUAGUGUUGAUGCUGAGGCAAGAGAUUGGGCACACUAGAUUGAAAUUAGAGAAAGAAAAUGCUUUAAUUUAGGGAAGAAAAUUGAUCCGACCGGGCAUCAUGUUUCAGAAUAUGCUGUAAAGGACUUCGUUUUUAUGUAUAGCUGGACACUUGUGUGAAAUUUUGUUGAAA